CAACUGGGAUGAUAUGGAACAGAUCUGACACCAUGCUUUCUACAGUGAGCUGAGAGUAGCCCCUGAGGAGCACCCUGUGCUGCUCACAGAGGCUCCCCUGAACCCCAAGGCCAGCAAAGAGAAGAUGACACAGAUCACAUUUGCGACCUUCAACACCCCAGCCGUGUAUGUAGCCAUCCAGGCUGUGUUGUCCCUGUAUGCCUCUGGUUGUACCACUGGUACUGUGAUGGACUCUGGUGAUGGUGUUACCAACACUGUGCCCAGCUGUGAUAGUUAUGCCCUCCCCCAUGCCUUCCUCUGUCUGGAUCUGGCCGGCCUUGACCUGACGGACUAUCUCGUGAAGCUCCUGACAGAGAGAGGCUACCGCUUCACCACCACAGCCGAGAGAGAAAUCGUGCAUGGCAUCAAGGAGAAGCUGUGCUAUGUCACCCUGGAUUUUGAGCAGGAGAUGGCCACAGCUGCCUCUAGCUCUUCCCUGGAGCAGAGCUACGAACUCCCGGAUGGCCAGGUCAUCAUCAUUGGCAAGGAGAGGUUCAGGUGCCCUGAGGCCCUCUUCCAGCCAUCUUUCUUUGCUAUGGAGUCCCGAUGCAGCUUUGCAG